AUUCCGAGGCUUCCAACCGAGAUCUGCGGACGCAUCGUGGACCAUUUGGCCAACAGACUGGAUUUCGAAUACAUGGUCUUUUACAGGAAUCCACACGCGUUAACUCUUCAAUCGUGCGCUCUGGUGUGCAAGGACUGGUACUAUUACACGUGGUUCCAUCUCCGCCGGCGUGUUCUCCUCCGUGACCGGAACGAUGUCCUUGCACUAUGCAGGACACUCCGCGAAACACCACGCGUCAGCAGUAUCGUCCAGCAGGUCACCAUCUCAGGUCACCGUUCACUGGCACUGGCUCAACACCUCGGAACAUUUGCCGCCAUGCUUGCCGGAAAGCUCCCGGGGCUGUCGAGGAUCACAAUCCGAGAUACGGAAUGGACCGUCGGAUCGAUUCGUAUGCAAGUCUUCAACUGCCUGACUACCUUCCGUUCUGUUCACACCUUACACCUCAACGGUGUCACCGUACCGAGCAUCGCUCAUCUAGCCCGCAUCAUCUCAGCACUCCCUGGCCUAAGAAAGCUAUCGUGCUGUUAUGUUGACUGCUCACAGGAAUACCCGGUCUCCCUUGCCCCUCUCCCGCUGAACUCUGCAUAUCUCGAGGAGCUCGAGGCACAAUGGGUUGCACCCGAAAUUGAAGACCUCCUCGUGCGGAUCAGCCAGGCUUCCCGAGUGCGCGUACUCGACCUCGGGUUGGGCGGCGAUAGGGGUCCUGACUCGCCAGGCAGCAGAAGUCAGGACGUACUGGAUGCAUGUGCCGCUUCGUUGGAAGUCCUCAGGCUCCAUAUGGAUCCCUACUCUUCCGUUGACAGCCAGGAUAUUGACUCCAUUGUAGUCACAGAACAACAUUAUAACCUGUCACGCCAUGAACGCUUGUGGCGAUUGGAGAUCUACUACCCAUCCAACCCCUUCGUCCAUUGGUCCUGGAUUCUUCCUAUCAUCUCUCGGACCGCCUCGAAGCAUCUCAUCGCCAUGUCUGUUGCGUUUCGCAUUCCUGCAGACCGCACAGCCUAUAUCUGGGAUAGGGCACUAACAAUGAUGAAGGAAGGUGGUUUCUUGGUGCAAUUGGAUGACAUAUUGCAGACAGAGCACUUUGCCAACAUCGCACUGCGCAAUAUAUGCCUAGGCUUUUACUACCAGGACUGGCUUCGGCAUGAGAAACCAUUUGGUAUAAAAUCAACAUUGCGAGAGCAGUGCACCCGGUGGGACGAGCUCAUUAGACGGAGUAUGCCGGGGUGCAACGGACGGGGCAUAUUGACCACUACUCAUACUUAUGGCGAGUAUGAGAACUGGGCGAUCAACAUGGACGCUAUUCACGAAGAAGCACAAGGUCGGAAGGCCGAGACGGGAGGAGAGGCACAGUGAGAGGAUUACGCUGAACAUCUGCCGGACACGUCGGACAGUCCUAGUCGUGUGCCCUUGCCGGUAUCAAUGUAGUAUUGAGUUCUGUGAUUAUACGUCAGCAGCCUUACAUAGUACGUGAACUGCUGUUUACCUGACUUAUGCAGCC